AUGGAAGUGCUGCAGAGUGCCCUGGAACAGAAAACAGCAACAAUAAUGAGUCUGGAAUCGGAGAAAGAAAUACUCAGCACUGAACUGGCUUCCACACGAGAGCUCGCGAAACUCCAUCAGCGUUUACAGGUUACUAAAAUAGCAUGUUUUACUCCUAUAGCGCUUGAGUUCGUGCUUCCCUAA